GCCUACAGGUUGAAAUUCAUUUUGUCAGGUGAAAGAAAGGGAAAGAUUUUUGGUAAUAUCAGCCACUUCUUGUCCUGUCAAACAGAUUUAAAGAAGAAGAGAGAAAAUGUUCCUGCCCCAGAGAUCUCUGCAGAUGGUUACAUUUUUGGCAGUUCUUUCUCUUUCUUGUUUUGCAACAUCACAAGACACUGAAAAUAAAAGAGCAGUGACGGAGCAUCAGCUCAUGCAUGACAAAGGGAGGGCAUUUCAGGGGCUGAAGCGCCUGAUGUGGCUCCACAAUGCCCUGGGUAGCGUGCACACAGCCAGCAGCAGGGAUGUUUCGCUUUCAAAUGCCAUGUGGGAUUCUCAGAAGAGCCGAGAUCCCUCAGAGCUUGACAGCAGCAUCAGCAGAGACGAGACUUCAAGCCUGAUGAAGCAGCUGCUGGAAGCGAUGGAAAAAGAGCAAGGCUUCCCCCCGCUAAAGAAGCCAGAUUUACUGCAAUAUAUGAAGACCCCAAAGGGUAACUGGAACCCACAAGACCUUUUUAACCUCCUUCAAAUCAUUGAGCUGGGCAGCAAGAGAAAUCCUAAUGCUCAGCCACUGAACUUCUCCCACUAGUCUGAAUCCAGCUCAGUCUAUCCAUUGCUUUAGACAUGUGAUGUUGUGAGGAAAAGUGCUAAUGCAAAGGUGAACCGCAAAAGAAAAAUAACGUUCAUUUGCUCCAUUAACUACUCCUAGAUGCUGAAUAAAGAAAGCCUCAUAAGGACAUAAGGACCCAAAUUCUUCCCCUAGCAGGCGGUCUGAAUAAUGUGAUUGUGAGAUGGGGUGAU